UGGGUGAAUUUUUGUCGUGUCUCGUGUCUCGUGUUCUUUUCGUGUGAAUGAAGCAAUUCUCCAAACUAUUCGUGCAUCAGUGAAGUGGUGAAUGUUUACAUGCUGAUUUUCCUAUCAAAAUAUCUGAUUGAGAGGUUCAGUGGGGCUGAAUAGGUUCAGUGGGGCUGAAGAGGUUCAGUGGGAACUGAAGAGAAAUGAGCUAUUCUGGAUAUAAAAGCUCCCCCCGAGGCAGCCGUGGAGGCUACCGAGGCGGAGGUGGAGGUUAUCGAGGCAGCAGAGGUGGCGAGGGAGGGGGGUGGCGAGGCAGCAGCAGAGGCUACGCUGGGUCCAGCCGAGGCAGUGGUCGGGGCGGGAGGUUCAGUGGCAGCGGGGGAGGCAAGUGGGAGCGUGAUGACUCCGGCAUGUAUGAAUCAAGAUCUCGUUACUCAGGUGGUGGAGGGGAUCGUACUUCUAGCCACAGUCGUGAAGACGGAUCGUACCGUUACCGUGGGGAUGACAGUGGAAGUUAUUCAAGCCGAGAGCAUUCUCACCGAGGAGGUUCUCCUGAUCGCAAGAGAAUGAGGGCGGACUACUCCCCUGCAUUGAAACAAAAAAAUAUAAAAUCCGUUAAAUUUGCGUCAUCCAUGCACAGAAGCCACGAUUACGACGGAAUGGAAUACCCGUCCCGUAGCUAUGGAGGUUACGAAGGCAAGCGGAUGAGUGGCUAUGGAGGUGAUGAAAGAAGAGUGUCCUCGUUCAGAGAGGAACGGGAGAGGAUCCGUUCUGACGAUUACCAGUUUAGAAAACCGCUGAAUAUUAGCGGCCCACGCCACUCGACCCCACGAGGGACCUCUUACCGAGGACGAUCAACAUUCUCCCGAGGCUUCAGGAGUAGUUUCAGGCGAUACGAGCCGGCCUCUCGAGUUGAUACUUUUGUGAGAAAACGAAGUGCCGUUGGAAGUUACGGCCUUCGCAAACCGAUUGGCAGGUCACAAGAAUAUUUGCGCCGCCUCAAGCUUUAUAGAAUUGAGAGGCUUAGAAGAUUGCGUGCCCGAGCUGAGAAGGAAGGAAGUGAUGACGAUGAAGAUGAGGAAGGAGAAGAGGAAGAAGUUGAAGAAGAGGAGGUAGUUGAAGAAGAGGUGACUGACGAAGAUGGGGAAGGACAGGAGAAGGAUGAUGAUGAAAAAACAAAGAAAGAUACUGAAAAUGAAGAUGAGGAAAUGGAAGUAGAUAAUAAGAAAGAGGACAAGAAGAAGAAAACUGUUAAAAAAGUUGUCAAAGUAGUCAAAAAGAUAAAGCGAAAGAUUCCCAAGAAGAAGGAAGAUGAUAAAGAAAAAGAUGAAAGCGGAGAGAACAAAGAUUUACAGGUUACUGUGAAGCAGGACUCUGAAGGUCGUGAUGUUGAUGGUCCUGUUAGAAAGAACUACCUCGGACAACCUUUCAUGAAGCUUGAAUGUCCUCAUUGUUUGGCUCACUGUGAAACAUUCAAGGAAUACAUGCUUCACCUGGCCAAGUCCAAGCACCAGAUAGCAAUGGCCGCUGUCGGAGCUAAGGUCAGCAGAGCUCUGGGCAAACUGAGAAUGGAACAGAGGGCAGAACAGAAGGACAUUGACGAGGAGGCCAAACUGAAGAACCCCAACAUGAGGACGUUCUUCUGUCUCACGUGCAAACUCAACUUCCGUUCACUCAAGUCUGAGCACUUGCGAUCGCAGAAGCACAAGGAGAUUGUGAAGUUUCUCAACCCGUACUGCAAGGUCUGCAGAAUGCCUUGUAAAUCUCCCAUGCAAUAUGAGAACCACAUCUGCACACUGUUUCAUCUUAAGAGGAAAGCCUUUUACGAAAAGAAGAAUGCAGAGAACGCAGAAGGAAGCGAGAUCAACAUGGACAAUUUUAUGGUUUUGGACCAAGUUGGAUCAGGAGAAGAUGAAGAAUCAGGAUCUGAAGAAAAGGAUGGAGAGGAUAAUGAUGCAGAGAAGGAAGCCAAGGAAGGAGAAGAAGGAGGAGAAAACGAGGGAGAAAAGUCCAAGGAGAAGAAAGUAAAGAAGAAGAAGAAACAAAUAAAUCUAGGAAGCGAGUACUGCAAGAAAAUCAACGUAUACUUCUGUGAGCUAUGCAAGACGUUCCUGCCUCGUAUUGAGGACCAGGAGCAAGCGCUGGCAGUGCACUGUCGGGGCAGUAUGCAUCUCAGGUGCUAUGUGAAGAAGAAGGACGAUCUCGCAUUGAGGAAACGGGCCGAGCGCAUCCACCGCAUGCGAGAGGCACAGAGGAAGGCAGAACAGAAGGAUGAAAGUAAAGAUGAAGCAGGCGAUGAAGAAGCUACAGAAAAUCAAAAUAAAAUUAAAACAGAAGAAAAGAGUGAAUCAGAAGAUAAACCUUUAGAGUUGACUGAUGAAACUUGGGGAGCCGUUUCUGAGGAUCUUAGAGAAUUGAUGACGGAUUCUGACAAACCCACAAAGAUGGAGGACUCAGACGACGAGGAAGAUUCAAGAACCACAGGUCGAAGAUACGACAGGUUCAAGCACUCGGAGAAAACAAAAGGGGCUGCUGCAGAUGGGGAGAACAUGUCUGUAGAUGAGAAAGGUGCCAAAGCCGGAGUUGUUAACGGAGAUGAGGAAAAAGAUGUCUAAGUAUUGUAUUUUGUUGUGCGUCUUCUGAUAAUUUUUACUGUGUAUAUUUUGAUUAAUCAGGACAUUCCGAAUUCUGAUGUGUUUUUCACAGACAAUUUCCCACAUUUUACAUUAGGUAUUAGUUUUAGGGACUAAGAUGAAGUGGGUUAUCAGAAAUAAAUUCUGAAAUCAUGUUAAGUAGAAAAUGUUUUAAAGAUGUAUUAUGUCUACAUUAUUUGAUGUGCUGAUUAAAGUUACUCAGCUAA